UGACCUUGAGGAAAUAUGCAAGCACAUUGUCCCAUGCACACAGAGGAAGGGUUAUCCCUAUGAAUUGAAGAUGUAUGCCUAUGCCUUGCUAGCAGAUCUUUACACAUUUAGUUGUGUUCCUGGUUACAUCAGCUCUCUGGGACUGACUCUGGUACCUGAAGAACUACUUAACUGUGGAAGGGAUGAAAACCUGAAAGUAAAGCUGAGAGAUCUAAACAUGUCCUUAGACAGACAACGUUCUGUCUCCAAGUCAACAAGUGAAGAGACAGACACACAAGAAAAUAAUGCAUGUUUAGCCUUCAAUACUUCAUCUACUCCUGUUGAGGAAUCUGGCCUUGAUGAGUGUUCUAGUGUCAAGCCGUUCCACCCCACCACUGACACAUCACCAUCACAGCGCAAUGGCACAAAGUCAGCAAGCGGUGCGAGACACAGUUAGAGAAGAUUGCCAACAUGGAUGAAUGUAAGGUUUAUAAAGUAGGAAACCUCACUCUUAUAUAUAAUGAUGACUACUUUCGCAUAGCAAAGGGAAGUGAUGGAUCUGAGGUCUUCUUGGGCCUGAGGGAUGAUGGCACUGAAGUAGCUAUAAAGAGAAUGAUCAGGUCAAACUAUCAGUUUCUCAAGAGGGAGGAAGGAUUUUUACGUCUUCCAGAGCUUGACAGUAGCUGUAUUGUGAGAUACAUGGACUUUGCAGAAGACAGUUUCUUUGGUUAUCUUGCUCUUCAGCUCUGUGAAUACACUCUGGAUGAGUACAUUAAUACACACCUGUCCAAGGACGACACUCCUGCCCUGAUGAAAAUCACUGAAGAUGUGCUCUGCAGUUUAAGUGUCCUUCAUGGUCCAACUACCAAAGUCCUUCAUCGGGAUAUCAAACCUCAGAAUGUUUUGAUAGGUAUCAAUGGAAAUGCAAAAUUGGCAGAUUUUGGCAUAAGUCGCAGAUUGACAGUGGAACAAACAACUCUAUACACAGUCCCUGCAGGAACAAGAUGCUGGAUGGCCAAGGAGACGUUAGACAAACAAGGCUCUGGAUAUAAGAGGAGCUCUGAUAUACAGGUGGCUGGGAUGUUGGUAUACUACGUUCUUUCUGGUGGACACCACCCCUUUGAAGGUCCACUUGGUGAGGAACUUGAACAGAAUCAAAACAUAAUCAAGGGGACUUACACACUAGAACAUGUGGCAGACGAGGUGACAAAAGACCUCAUUGAGUGGAUGAUCAAUGAAGACCCUGCUGGGAGACCUACAGUGGAGGAGACCCUGAAUCAUCCCCUCUUCUGGAAACCACAGAGGUGAAAAUCCUUAU